AUACUUCGUAAUUUCAAGCAGCUGAUAUCGAUUGGACGACAGGGCUGGACCUCACAAAUAAAUAUAAAACCAAAAUAUUCAGUGGUUUCUCAAUUUGAAGAAUAAUACAAACGGAAAAUGUCUGCCCUGCGCCGUGAUGUGUCGCCUUUAAUCCAGCGCAUUCGGGCCUUCCUCCUGGGUCGGGAGCACAACCUGGCCCUGCGCUUCGAGGACGGACUGGCCGAUCGCACCCAGCCACAGCCGGAAAUCCCUGACGGUCCAUCGCAUCUACUCUCGGCCAACUACUACUGCCAGCGGGAUGGACGUCGCGAGGUUCUGCCGCCCAUCGACCUGGUGGAGCAGCAGAAGCAGCUGGCGGCAGAGGGGGAAGCGGCGAAGGCCCCGUCUUCCAAGCUGCCCACUCCCGGCAAGGUCUAUGCCUGGGAUUAAUGGGCCGCAUCACCGCGGGAAUCGCCUUUUUUUGAGUUGUAGUACGAGCCGGUUAAAGCUAAUAUAGAAUCAAAUUGAAGCAGAAAUGCGUGCAUUGGUAUGUUCAGUGAUGAAGGGCCAAGUGAAAGGCCCCUUACCAGCCCACAAUGUUUCGAAACCCCACUUCCGGGAAAAAUCACCAUCCAUUUUUUUUUGAGUUGUAGUACGAGCCGGUUAAAGCUAAUAUAGAAUCAAAUUGAAGCAGGAAUGCGGGCAUUGGUAUGUCCAGUUAUGGGGGGCCAAGUGAGAACCCCUUACCAGUCCACAUUAUUUCCAAAUCACACUCGCCGGAAAAAACACCAUCCAUCACUGGAUAUCAUUAUGUACAAGUAUUUUAUU